CGACGUCGAGGGUAACCAGAGGGAACAUCAACAAGGGAACACGGAUAUGCAGAGAAUAUCAAUAGCCGAAGAAGGAGACGAGGAUGAGUACUCGGCGUCGGCGUGCGAGAUUAUGUUACGAAGGAGUUCCAGUCGACGUCAGAGCAAACGAAGACGUCGUCCGUCGUCUCCUUUUAACGUGGAAGCCGAUCCGAACCUUCGUCGGAGAUCUUCCGUCUACACCAUCAGCUCCGGCGAAACCGCGAUUUCCUUAGAGGAGAGUGACAAUCAGGAGCAGAUUUUCGAGAAACUGAAGAUGCACAAGGAGGUUCUGAGCGGAGUGAAGCAACAGCCGUGGUCGCUUCGCCGCAAGAUCAAGUUGGUGAGACAGGCGAAGAUUUACGUCAGGAGACACGAGGGUGUUCUUCAGGAGAGGCUGGCUCACACUCGCAGUACUAAAGACGCGAUCGCUCGUGUUUCUCUGUUCAUCACGAAGAAGUGGCAAUAUUGUCGGAGGGAGAUAGUGAAUCUGCAAACGUGGUUGGUCCCGUGGGAGGUUCGCAUAAAGGAGAUAGAAUCGCACUUUGGUUCCGCGGUGGCUUCGUAUUUCACGUUCCUGCGCUGGUUGUUUUGGAUCAAUCUCGUGAUGACUGUCAUUCUCACCGCCUUCGUCGCUGUUCCGGAGAUGCUCACGGCGGAUCCAGCUGCGGCGGGCGAGAGAAAAAUAAUGUUGAGGGAGGAGCAGAUAAGGUCGAAGCACCUGCUGACUUUAUGGGAGUUCGAGGGUGUCUUAAAAUACUCCCCGUUUUUUUACGGAUGGUACACGAACCAGGAUUCGCACAGCGGUUACAGGUUGCCCCUCGCUUACUUCGUUACCAAUCUGGUCGUUUACAUAUACAGUUUCGUCGCCAUACUUCGCAAAAUGGCGAAGAACUCCAGGUUGAGCAAGUUGACUGAAAAAGAGGACGAGUACGUGUUCUCCUGGAAACUGUUCACAGGAUGGGACUUCAUGAUCGGGAAUCCUGAGACCGCGCAUAACCGGACUGCCAGCAUCGUCCUUGGGUUCAAGGAGGCUCUGUUAGAAGAAGCCGAGAAGGAAAAAGACGAAAGAAAUUGGAAAAUCAUAUCGAUAAGAAUUUUCGUAAACGCCUCGGUAAUCUUAUUAUUGGGACUAUCGGCGUAUGCUGUGGUAAAAGUGGUCACGCGAAGCUCUAAAGAAUACAUACCGGACGAUUGGUGGCAUCAGAACGAGAUCACAGUCGUGAUGUCUCUCAUCACGUAUCUGUUCCCCAUAUUGUUUGAGAUAUUAGGCCUGUUGGAAAAUUAUCAUCCCAGGAGGCAACUACAAUUUCAACUUGCCCGAAUAACGGCUCUGAAUUUCCUGAACCUGUACUGCUUGAUCUUCGCCUUGUUCGACAAGAUCGGUUCAAUGAAGGAGGACCUGAGAGAUAUUCAGUCGACGAUCAAGAAUUGCACGUAUAAACCGAUCAAGUGCGACGACAGUAUGAAAAAAUCACGUCAAUUGGUGACUUUAGCAUCCUUGAGUCUGAUCCUCGCGAGUAACGUGACUGGAACUCAGUACAACAGAGAAAUUCCUAAACCGACACUGUCAUCGUUUUUAUUCUUGCCCACGAACUUUUAUCUGAAUCCGAUACUCGAUGAGAAAUCGUUGGAGGAGAUUUACAACGUCGGCGAGUACCCACCGUUGGAUUACUACGACUACGACGAUAUCGAAACGAACGUUUCUAUAAAAGACACAACAGAAGGAGUUUAUUUGAUUGAAAAUACAGACGUCUCUACUAUAGUUGAAAAUUUCACAGAGUCUUCUUCCAUUGAUUACAACACAAGCGAUUUUUUUAAUGAAACUACUAGUUACGAUGGGGAAACGGAGAGUGGGAAUUAUAAUACGACUACGUCUGGUAUUACUGAAGAUUCCAAUGAAACUUUUCCAAAUGUGAAAAGUGCAUCAUCGCCUGUGUCGGAAACUGGUUCUACGUAUGAAUAUUCGAUAAUUACAACGUUGAGUACAAACACCGAGUCAUCGUUGAUCACCACUCAGGAAUAUAAUACAGGAACCAGUGAUCGAGUAUCUAAUAUUGAUACAUCGACGUCCUCGCAAGGCGUGAUUCCUUUAUCCAUAGAAAAGGAUGAUGACGACCGAUGUUUCGAGCAGGUUUGCACGACUACAGGUAUGAACGAAAUAAUAAGAAAUAUAUAAUAUAUAAUAAAAGUAAUGAUAUCUGCAUUUACAUCCUUCUCGUCGAAAGAGUUAGACUUGAAGACGAGAAAAAAGCUUCGCCACUUAUGUUGGGAGACGAUGUUCGGGCAAGAGCUCGCCAAACUCACCGUCAUGGACCUAAUACUCACUAUAGUUUUCACGCUCAGUAUAGACUUCAUCCGGGCAGUUUUCGUACGAUACAUGAACAGCUUCUGGUGCUGGGAUCUGGAGAAACAAUUUCCACAGUACGGUGAUUUCAAAAUCGCUGAAAAUAUACUUCACCUAGUGAAUAAUCAAGGGAUGGUGUGGAUGGGGAUGUUCUUCAGCCCCGGACUGAUCGCGCUGAACCUCUUGAAACUCGGGAUUCUGAUGUACCUGAGAUCUUGGGCGGUUCUCACUUGUAACGUCCCCCACGAAGUCGUUUUUCGUGCCUCCAGGUCUAACAAUUUUUACUUCGCUCUGCUGUUGCUGAUGCUGUUCCUAUGCGUGCUACCUGUCAGUUAUGCUAUUGUCUGGUUGGAACCAUCGUGGCACUGUGGCCCGUUCUCUGGUUAUGAGAAAAUUUAUUAUUUGGUGAAAAGACAACUCACAGACUCGCUCCCAGAUCUGAUCAACGAAUGCCUCGAUUACAUCGCAUCACCUGCAAUGGUGAUCCCGUUAAUUGUUCUAAUGACACUGAUCAUUUAUUACAUGAUAUCGCUUACGGGCGCGUUGAGAGAAGCUAAUACUGAUUUAAAGAUACAAUUGCGUCACGAACGUACGGAAGAGCGACGGAAAUUGUUUAAGAUAGUGAAGAAACGGGAAGACAUGACAGAUUUGUCGUUUCUAAAAUGGAAAAAGGUACUGCCAGCCGUAGCGAAACGAUCAGCGAUAACUAAUAAAGAGUCGGAAGCGGGAACGGAAAAGUCAUUGUCAGUGGAGAUACACAUGGAUGACAGGCCGGCAGACUCGGAACUGGAGAAACAAGACGAUCAUCAAAGUGAUAUUGAAAAAAGACCAAUUCAUUCCAGAUCAUCGAAGGCGCCGCGCGACUCUUGGGAGUCGCAGUCGAGUGAGUGCGGGCCGAUACCGGAAAUUCGCAUAAACGAGGCCGAGGGGAAGUCGGAGAGUUAGACGCCGUCAGUGUCUACAAAAAAUUCCUGAUGCAACU